CUAACUAAUUAAAAUGUUAUCCGUCGAGCUCCAGGAAAUCCUCACGCCACAGAAAUCAAAUGCUAUUAACUUAAGAUACGAUGCUAAUAUGGGCAAUCAUCCUACGGCCAGGCUUGCCACUAAUUCCAUUUGAAUUUGGUGGGUGGUGAAUCAGUACUCAUAAAUCAAAUCAAAAUAAUCGAGUUUGGGUAAGUAGUAGAUAUUAUAAAUGGUGCUCGAUUAGACAGAUUAGAAUACCAUUCGAGUGAUACUUUUUAAUCGGGAGAAUUACAGUUCAAAUUUAGUCAUUAGAUCUGCAAAGAGAUGGAUGUCGUGGGUGUUGCUCUUCUGCUGUUAGCCUUGUCAAUGGCUAGUUAUGCAGUGGGUGCAGGUAGCACAGAGCAUGCUUCAAUUUAUAUAGUCCACAUGGAUAAGUCUGCUAUGCCCAAGGAAUUCCCAACUCACGUUCACUGGUAUAAAUCGCUGCUUUCAGCUGUGAAAAAAACAAACGGCCAGCAGAGCACAGAGGAGGAGGAUCUCUAUCUUUACACUUAUGAUACUGUAAUGCACGGUUUCAGCGCCAUGCUUACACAAUCGCAGCUGGAUUUGCUGGAGGAGAUGCCUGGUCACAUUUCAUCUUUUCCCGAUUCGUUGGCAACCAUGGAUACCACGCAUUCCACGGAAUUCCUGGAUCUUAGUCUUAAUAAGGGUAUUUUGCCAAUAUCCCGAUCUGGCCAAGACAUAAUUGUGGGCAUGCUGGACACCGGAAUUUGGCCCGAGAGCCGGAGCUUCCAUGACGAUGGAAUGGGACCAGUCCCAGCCAGAUGGAAGGGGAUUUGUCAGAACGGUACAGCCUUCGCCUCUUCGCUCUGCAAUAGAAAGCUGAUAGGAGCACGCUAUUUUAACAAAGCUCUGGUCGCCAAGUACGGGAAUCUUAGCCUCAACGACAACUACGCUUCUCCGAGGGAUUCUGACGGGCAUGGAAGCCAUACAUCGUCCACUGCAGGAGGUAACUAUGUGGAGGGCGUAGAUUUCUAUGGCUACGCUCCUGGUACAGCUCGUGGCGUGGCUCCUGCGGGGAGAGUUGCCAUGUACAAAGUCAUAUGGUCAAUUGGGUGUAUGGGCUCUGAUGCAUUGGCUGCAAUGGAGACCGCAAUUAGUGACGGAGCUGACGUUUUGUCUCUCUCGUUUGGCUACCUCUCACCUCCCUAUUUCCAAGAUACAAUAGCCACCGGUGCCUUUGCGGCUAUAAAGAAAGGCGUUGUCGUUGUAUGCUCUGCAGGAAACAGCGGGCCGGACCGGGGACGCAUGCACAAUGGUGCACCUUGGAUUUUCACGAUCGGUGCCAGCAUGAUCGACAGAGAUUUUGUUGCUUCUUUGAAGUUGGGUGACGGUAGCGACAUGAAAGGCUCCUGCUUCUACACUAAUCCAAAAAAAAACGGGAGCUACAACAUACCUCUAACCAAGCUCAUUUACGAGAGUGGAGACCCUGCAUGCAAGAGGCACUUCGAUGCUGCUACGGUGAACGGUACGGUUGUCUUGUGUGCAAAUAUGAGUUCUUUGCUUAUACUAGUUUUGAAACGAGCAGGAGUUCGGGCACUGGUCUCAUUGCCCAAGACCGCUAGCUUUUCGUCAUUUCCAGAUGACUAUUUUCCCAAUAUCGUGAUGAAACCCGAAGAUGGAGUAGGUUUAGUGAAGUAUGCUUCUUCAGAUUCAAGUCCUGUUGUCGAAGUACAGUUGGGCCUGACGUCUCUAGGUGUGAAACCUGCGCCUUCAAUGGCAUCUUUUUCUUCUCGAGGGCCAUAUCCACCGAGCCCAAAUAUUAUGAAGCCUGACGUUACAGCCCCUGGUGUUAAUAUUUUGGCAGCGUGGCUUCCAAAUACCACAGAGGGAGACAAUUAUGCUAUCCUCUCAGGCACGUCCAUGUCAUGCCCUCAUGUGGCCGGAUUGGCAGUUCUGAUGAAAGCAAUUCACAGCGAGUGGAGUCCCGCAGCAAUCAAAUCUGCCAUCAUGACCACUUCCUACACACUCAGCAAUUCCAACAAAGCUAUAAUGGACCUUGGCUACAGCGGUAACCCUGCCACGCCUUUUGAUAUGGGAGCAGGCCACGUCGACCCUAAUAAAGCCGUCGAUCCUGGACUCGUCUACGACAUCAGCGUCGAAGACUAUGCCAAUUAUCUGUGCACUCUCAAUUAUACCACCAAGCAAAUUCAAUCAAUUACCGGAACCCCUGUUUCAUGUCCUAGCGGCCUCGAUUUGGGAUCGGACGGUCUAAACUAUCCCUCCUUCACUGCAAUUUUCAACAAGAAUGCCACCUCGUCCUCGUCUUCCACAUUCAAAAGAACAUUGACGAAUGUGGGAGACGACAUAUCGUAUUAUAACGCUGUCCUUGAGGUGCCCAAAGGACUCAAAGUGCAGGUAAUUCCUAAUGCUGUGGAAUUUAAGAAGAAAUUUGAGAAGGUGAAUUUUACUGUCGUAGUGGAGGUAGAGGAAGGUGUGGGAAACGAAUUUGUGUUGUACGGAUAUUUGAGUUGGGUUGAUGAAAAUGGCCAUAAGGUGAAAAGUCCUGUGCUGGCACUCUUUCAAUAAAUAUGUGCGACUUCUGAAUUCUUCAUAUUAUUCCGAAGUUCUUUCUUUGAAGACCAAUAAUCAUUCCCUCUCUGAGACACACUGUCUCCUGUCUCUCAGAAAAUUUAUGCAUAUUUCGUAAAGCCUAGCUAAAGGGUCGAUGCGUCAGAAAUUUUAAUGUGAAUGCACUCAAAGCUUUGUACCGGGUUAUUUGAAUCUACAAAACCCGGACGCAAGUUAUAAACUUUCUUCUUUCGUACAAUAGUCUUAAUUAUCUUUCCAAAAGUCUACAUUAUUGGUCUUGUUGAAUCUGAUGCUUGUUUUUUAUGUUUUUAUUGUAGAAUUGAUGGUUGAUUAUUGUAACAUGCCUGUCCAAAUCCGAUGCUGCAUUAUUGUUUCAAUGGUUUUUCAGGUUGUUUUGAGCAUUGAU